AUGAAAAAUCACACGGCACCCACAGAAUUCAUUCUUCUAGGGCUAUCAGAUGAUCCAGAGCUUCAACCUGUGAUUUUUCUCUUUUUAUUUAUUACAUAUAUAUUAAGUAUCACUGGAAAUUUGACCAUUAUUACUCUGACCUUGGUGGACUCUCAUCUACAGACCCCUAUGUACUUCUUCCUCAGAAACUUCUCUAUAUUAGAAAUUUCCUUUACAACUGUCUGUAUUCCCAGAUUUCUAGGCACAAUCAUCACCAAAGACAAAACAAUUUCAUAUAACAGUUGUACAGCUCAGCUGUUUUUCUUCAUCUUUAUGGGCAUAACUGAAUUUUACCUUCUCACUACUAUGUCCUAUGAUCGCUAUGUAGCUAUCUGCAAACCCCUUCAUUAUACAACCAUCAUGAACAAGAAACUCUGCAUUAUACUUGUCUUUUUCGCUUGGCUGGUAGGAUUCUUAAAUAUCUUUCCGCUAGUCAUUCUUUUCCUUCAGUUAGAUUACUGUGGCUCCAAUGUCAUUGAUCAUUUUACUUGUGACUAUUUCCCCCUCUUACAAUUAUCAUGUUCAGAUACAAAGCUCUUAGAAGUGAUUGGCUUCUUCUCUGCGUUAGUAAUCCUGCUUUUCACAUUGGCAUUAAUCAUUAUAUCCUACAUAUUUAUCAUUAGAACAAUCCUGAAGCUUCCUUCAGCCAGUCAAAGAAAAAAAGCGUUUUCGACAUGUUCCUCUCACAUGAUUGUCAUAUCCAUAUCCUAUGGAAGCUGCUUGUUCAUGUAUGCCAACCCAUCAGCGAAAGAAAAGACGUCACUGAAUAAAGGAGUAGCUAUUUUGAAUACUUCUGUUGCUCCUAUGAUGAAUCCAUUUAUCUAUAGCUUGAGGAAUCAGCAAGUGAAGCAAGCCUUUAAAGACACUAUCCAAAAGGUUAUGAAUUCUAAUAAGUGA